CUUCAUUUUCCAUCAAUCUUCUUAUUGUAUCUUUUCUUCUUUGGAUUUGCAACUAUAUAUGAUGAGAGCAAUUUGCAAGUUUUUUUAGGACAUUAUCUGAUGUCAAUUUAUAUUCUUUUAAGGAAUAAUUAAUCUGGGAUUUUAAAGUUAAUCAAAAUUUAAGUAAAGUCAACUUACUCCAUUAGAGAGAGAAGAUCAACCAAAUUAUAAGCUAACAUUUCUUCCCACGUUGUUUUUCUUGCCACUGUUCCACUUUUUACCAUACAUAAAUUUGAAGUCAACACUCUCCUUUUCUUUCUUCAUUUCACCUUUUGAAUUCAGAAGUGUCUGUUUGUGUCAUUAUAAAGACUAGAGCUUUUUGAGGGUAAGAUUAAUAUUUCUCUUCCCAUUGUUUGUGCAAGUUAUAGUGGUUGGGUUUUAAAGCUAUUUUUAUGGAAGCAUUUAUCUGGGGUUCUGUUCUUUGAAUAUAUUAUUCAUUUAUUCUUUGGUGGGUGUGAGAAAGUUUUGAUUUUCUAGGAGGAGUUCUGUUUCUGGGCAAUUGAAAAAGGGUUCUUCUUGAAAAACUCCCUUGCCUUGCUGGAAAAACUAAAAUAAUUUCUUCUUUUUUUUUCACCUUAAUUUGGUACUUUAUUCUGAUUGGAAUUUGGGUGAUAGACAAAGAUAAGGAUAAAAAUGAAGACAGGUAGAAGGAAAAGGAUACAGUUUAGCAAGAUUUACUCAUUUAAAUGUGGGGAAGCAUCAUUUUUAGGUGAUGAUCAUUCACAGAUUGGAGGGCCAGGAUAUUCAAGAGUGGUGUAUUGCAAUGAACCAAAUUGUUUUGAGGCUGGAAUUAGAGAUUAUGCAGGAAAUUAUGUAAGAACUACAAAGUAUACAGCUGCAACAUUCUUGCCAAAGUCAUUGUUUGAGCAGUUCAGGAGGGUGGCCAACUUUUAUUUUCUUGUCAUUGCUAUAUUGUCCUUCACACCAUUGACUCCUUAUUCUGCUGCCAGUGCUGUUGUUAUUCCUCUUGUUAUUGUCAUUGGAGCCACCAUGGUUAAAGAAGGCGUCGAAGAUGGGCGACGAAAACAACAGGAUGUUGAGGUAAAUAAUAGGAAGGUUAAAGUACAUCAAGAAAAUGGAGUUUUUGAUCAUACGGAAUGGAAAAAUUUGAGAGUUGGCGAUAUUGUUAAAGUGGAGAAGGAUGAGUUCUUUCCAGCGGACUUACUGUUGCUUUCAUCUAGUUAUGAAGAUGCAGUCUGUUAUGUUGAAACUAUGAAUCUUGAUGGGGAGACUAAUUUGAAGCUGAAACAAGCAUUGGGGGGGACUUCAUCGUUGCACGAAGAUUCCCACUUCGAAGACUUUAAGGCUUUUGUUAAGUGUGAAGAUCCUAAUGCUAAUUUAUAUACUUUUGUUGGAACUAUGGAAUAUGAAGAAAAACAUUAUCCUCUUUCUCCCCAGCAAUUGCUACUCAGAGGCUCUAAAUUGCGGAACACAGAUUACAUAUAUGGGGCUGUUAUCUUCACUGGUCACGACACAAAGGUAAUGCAGAAUGCGACAGAUCCUCCUUCAAAAAGAAGCAGAGUUGAGAGGAAAAUGGAUAAAAUCGUUUACUUCUUAUUUGGAGUUUUGUUCACUAUGUCCUUUGUCGGAUCAGUUUGCUUUGGAAUUCUGACUAAAGAGGACUUAAAUGGUGGACGUAAAAGGUGGUAUCUACGACCUGAUGAAUCUGACAUAUAUUUCGAUCCCAAUGGAGCUACUGCUGCUGCCAUUUACCAUUUUCUGACAGCCGUGAUGUUGUAUAGCUACUUGAUUCCGAUAUCUUUAUAUGUGUCCAUAGAACUUGUUAAAGUUCUUCAGACUAUCUUCAUUAAUCAGGACAUUCAUAUGUAUCAUGAAGAAACUGAUAAACCAGCACAUGCCCGCACCUCAAAUUUGAAUGAGGAACUUGGCCAGGUUGACACUAUACUUUCAGACAAAACCGGCACAUUGACUUGUAAUUCAAUGGAGUUUGUCAAGUGCUCAGUGGCUGGAACUGCUUAUGGACGUGGUAUUACAGAAGUCGAGAGGGCUUUGGCUAAAAGAAAUGGUUCUCCAUUGAUGGUAAAUGAUCAGAAGUUGGUUGAGGAUUCUGCUGUUAGUACAAGAAAGUCUACUAUUAAAGGUUUCAAUUUUGUUGACGAGCGAAUAAUGAAUGGGAGUUGGGUGCAUGAACCUCAUUUAGAUGUCAUACAGAAAUUCUUCCGUUUAUUAGCAGUGUGUCAUACAGUCAUACCAGAAGUGGAUGAAGGUACAAGGGAGAUUUCAUAUGAAGCUGAAUCUCCAGAUGAGGCGGCCUUUGUAAUUGCAGCUAAAGAAAUUGGCUUUGAAUUAUGCAAAAGGACACAAACAAGCGUGUCAGUGCAUGAGUUGGAUCUAGCAUCUGGCAAGAAAGUUGAGAGGUCGUAUAGAAUUUUGAAUGUUUUGGAGUUUAAUAGUACAAGAAAAAGGAUGUCUGUAAUAGUAAAGGAUGAGGAGGGAAAGAUAUUGUUACUUUGCAAAGGUGCUGAUAGUGUCAUAUUUGAAAGGCUCGCCAAAAGUGGAAGGGAAUUUGAAGAGGAAACAAGGGAACAUGUACAUGAGUAUGCUGAUGCAGGCUUGAGGACCUUAAUACUGGCCUAUCGCGAAAUCAGUAAGGAAGAAUACCAAGUAUUCAAUGAGCAAUUUUCAGAGGCCAAGAAUUCAGUCACUGCAGACCGUGAUGCAUUGAUUGAUGAAGCAACUGAAAAGAUUGAAAAGGAGUUGAUUCUUUUAGGCGCCACUGCUGUUGAGGACAAACUACAACAAGGGGUUCCUGAAUGCAUCGACAAACUCGCUCAAGCAGGCAUCAAGAUAUGGGUUUUGACCGGGGAUAAGAUGGAAACAGCCAUUAAUAUUGGCUAUGCCUGUAGUUUGCUUAGACAAGGAAUGAAGCAAAUUAUCGUAAACUUGGAAAACCCUGAUAUUAUAGCAAUAGAGAAAGCAGGAGAAAAAGAUGCUAUUGCCAGGGCAUCAAAGGAAAGUGUGCUACGGCAAAUUAUAGAAGGGAAGGCUCUACUUACGUCUUCAAGCACAGAGGCAUUUGCUUUGAUCAUUGAUGGGAAAUCUCUUACAUAUGCUCUAGAAGAUGACACAAAAAGAUUGUUUUUAGAUCUUGCAAUUAGAUGUGCUGCUGUUAUAUGCUGUCGAUCAUCACCUAAACAGAAGGCAUUGGUAACAAGACUUGUUAAAUUUGGCACUAAAAAGACAACUUUGGCCAUCGGAGACGGAGCUAAUGAUGUAGGAAUGCUUCAAGAAGCUGAUAUUGGAAUUGGAAUCAGUGGUGUUGAAGGAAUGCAGGCUGUUAUGUCAAGUGAUAUUGCAAUUGCUCAGUUCCAAUUUUUGGAGCGCUUGCUUUUAGUACAUGGCCAUUGGUGUUAUAGAAGGAUCUCUUCGAUGAUAUGCUACUUCUUCUACAAAAACGUUGCAUUUGGUUUUACUCUCUUCUUAUACGAGUCGUAUGCAUCAUUUUCUGGGCAACUUGCAUAUAAUGAUUGGUUUCUGGCAUGUUACAACGUCUUCUUCACAUCACUACCAGUGAUUGCUUUGGGAGUUUUCGAUCAAGAUGUAUCUGCUCGAUAUUGUCUUAAGUUUCCUAUACUGUAUCAAGAAGGUAUACAGAAUGUCCUUUUCAGCUGGCGUCGUAUAAUUGGAUGGAUGUUAAAUGGGAUCUGCAGUGCAGUUAUUAUCUUCUUCAUCUGCAUAAGAGUACUAGAUCCUCAAGCUUUCAAUAAGGAUGGUAAAACCGGUGACCAUGCAAUUGUGGGAGCAACAAUGUACACAUGUGUGGUUUGGGUCGUCAACUGUCAAAUGGCGCUUGCUGUUAGUUAUUUCACCUUAAUCCAACACAUCCUUAUCUGGGGUGGAAUUGCUCUAUGGUACACUUUCCUUCUAAUAUAUGGAUCCAUGCCUACAACAUUUUCCACCAACGCGUACCAAGUCUUCGCGGAAACUCUUGUUCCCUCCCCAUUAUACUGGUUAGUCACAAUAUUAGUGGUUAUUUCAGCUUUAGUCCCCUACUUUGCAUACGAUGCAAUUCAGUUUCGGUUCUUUCCAAUGUACCAUGGGAUGAUUCAAUGGAUAAGGUACGAGGGGAACUCAAAUGACCCGGAAUACUGCAAUGAUGUGAGGCAGAGGUCGAUAAGACUGACAACUGUGGGCGUCACUGCUCGUUCCAUAGCAAGUACUAAUUCAAGUCUAAAAGACAAAAAGAGUAAUCACAGAUACCAUCUGAUUAGAGUACUCUCAAGAAGAUAAGACUUUAGACCUACAAAAGACAGUUUUUUGAACUGGAAUUUUCUCCAGAAGUUUGUAAAUUUCUCCCACAGGUUACAUGUGUAUAUAAUUCUUUUAUAUCUUGGUAGAAUUAUAAGAUCGUCUUUGUUGAAUACUGGAAGACGCGUGGCAGAUGAAGUAAGUUGCCACAGGAAAGAUCAGAUUAGGAUUCUCUUUUAAGAAAUUAUCAUGUGUACAUUUUUAUAGCAAGCAGUACAGAAUGAUCAAAUUUUCUGUU